AUGGCAGGGGGCGUCAAGGUGCAGCAUGUCAUCAACGCCAGUCCCUCGGCACAGGGAUUCCCGCCCGAACAUGUCCUGGAUAGCGAUCCCGGUCGGGUAUGGAAGGGGUUGGCUGGGGUCACCAAUUGGGUUGAGCUUCAAUUGGACCGAGCUGUUGUUAUCGAAACCUUGGACGUGGGCAACUAUGGCUCUGCCAUGUUGGAGGUCAAAGUGCGCAACUCUGGAGCCUCCGACUCGACGUGGGCGAAUUUGUGUCCCGUAGAACUCGUGUUGCCACCCAGUGCUUCUAAAAGCUGGGAUGCAUCCCAAUUACAAAAUGUUCUCUUUUUUGGUCAAUCUAAAAUCAACCAGCAGGCGCGCCAGCAGCGCUGGGACCAGCUACGCCUGGUCUGCAAGCAACCUUACAACAAGACAGAACCUUUUGGUCUGACUUUUGUGCGGGUACAUGAGGCUGGUGCCUCUGCCGCCACGGCCGCUUCUCCUGCCGCAAGCGCUUCGCCCAAGGCACCCAGCAAGCCCGCCUCUGCCACAACCACCCCCACCAAACCAACCCUGAAGCGUGAGGGCACCUUUGGCAUGUUCAAGCUCAAGUCCCAGCCAUCCACCACUUCACCUCCCAACUCGAUUGAGCGCAUGCGCAGCUUGACUGCUUCCUCAAGCAAGGCGGACCGUGCACUGAGUGAGGCGGCGGAGAAUGCCCGCUUGGCCGCGGAGGCGCGGCAACAGGCGGCUGAGGAACGUCGAGUGCGCGAGGCUGCUGAACAUGCAGCUCACAGCCUGCCGACAACCAUCCCUCAGCAACCAACAACCAGCAGUUGGGUCUCCACGGCUGUCUCAAGGACACCCCCUGCUGCCUCCACACCGCAACGUACUGCGCCCAAGCCUUCAGCGGCCGCACCACCACCCAAGCGAAGCAAGCCGGCUCCUACUGCGCCACCCCCAUACCGCGACAUUCUCAAGGGUGUGCGCUUCACGCUGAGCGGCUACCAAAACCCACGGCGUGGCCAAUUACGAGACUUGGCCCUGGGGAUGGGUGCACAGUAUGCCGCGCAGUGGGAUUCACGCUGCACCCAUUCCAUAUCGGCUUUUGAGCAGACCCCCAAAAACACACAAGCCCGUCGUGAUGGUGGUAUUAUCGUGUCCAAAGAUUGGCUUGAAAGUUGUGAUCGAGCCAAGCGACGCGUUCAAGAGUAUCGUUUUAUGUAUCCCUCUGAUCAAGCCCUUCAGGGUGGGGACCCCGAUGACUCUGCCGAAGAAGAAGAAGACGCGGUUCAUGGCGAUGAUGACGCUUCAGAUGACGAUUUUGAUCCUGGUGCAGGGAUCAGUGGUGCGUCGGCCGUAGCACAACCUCCCGGUCAAGCCGGGGCAUCGGUGGCGCCUCCUCAAAGCAAAGCCCCCAAAGGCGCGAUGGAUGUCACGGCUCAAGUGGAUGCUUUUGAGGCGGACACGGAGCCAGAGUCCGAGCCCGAAGCAAGCACGAGUGCCUCCGCCACAGCUGCCCCGCCUGCGCGUGCGAACACGGCGGCUGCAGCGCCGGCUCCAAGCUUACCGCGAUCAGCUACGACAACUUCCGUCUCUAAAUCAGUCAUGGAGACUCUGCCGGAUGCCUUGACGGGACUGCGCAUCUUGCUCUAUGGGUUUGACGAUAACCAAUCCUUUCGCGCAGCAAAGCGCCUGGUGUACGCCCUCAACGCCACUGUGGAAGAUUACAUGUCUGACAACGUCACGCACGUGGUAUCGCCGCAGAGCUGGAAUGCCGAUUUUGACGCGGCACGGCAAGACAACGCAAACUUGGUCUUUGUCACUCCGGCAUGGUUGCAAGCGUGCAUGAAGCAGCAGCAACGGGUACCUGAGUCGGGAUUCCAACUUGACAGCAUGGAUGAGUAG